AUGUCUUCCUCAACGCAGGACCUCACCCCGCAACUUUACCUCGGGACAACGUUCGGGGCACUUUUCAUUGGGGUCAACAUUGCAGCAGUUCUCUUUGGUCUCAGCAACAUUCAAGCUUUCAUCUACUUUCAGACAUACAACGGCACAGGGUUAUCAUUCUAUAAGUUGGUCGUCAUCUGGCUUUGGAUACUCGAUGCUUUGCAUCUGGCCUUGAUAGUCCAUUGCAUGUAUUAUUAUUUGGUGACCAACUUCGGGAACAUCAAUGCACUCACAGAAAUUGUAUGGAGCUUCAAGGCCCAGAUAGUAGUCGAUGUUUUAAUCGUCUAUGCGGUACAUCUUCUGUAUCUUUAUCGCAUAUGGAUAAUCAGCAAGGGUCGAUCAAGAGCUAUCCCCAUGAUAGUGGGCAUAAUCGAAAUCCUAUGCUCAGGUGUUGCCAUCGCCCUUAUUUUGACCGUAUUUCGGUGCAGUGUGUUCAAGGAUUUAGUUAAAACUCAGUGGGCGACAUAUAUGGCUUUGGGCGCGAUUACUUUUGUCGAUGUCGUUAUCGCAUCAUCACUAUGCUACCUUCUCGCUACUGCCCGUACAGGAUUCUCUAGCACCGAUUCCUUGAUCACAAAACUCAUGGCUUACAUUAUUAAUACGGGCUGUCUCACGAGCAUAUGUUCAAUGGCAGCUAUAAUUACAUGCGCAGCAAUGCCGAAGAACUUCAUUUUCCUUGGUGUUGAAUUUUUAUUGGCUAAAUUAUACGUCAAUUCGUGCUUCGCACUCCUGAACGCACGGCACUACUUGCAGCCCACCACAGAUACUAGCAAUUCUUACCAGUUCAAUAACCGCCACGAGGUUUACCACCCGGAGCUGGACAGGGCGUCGCAAGACGAGAGGCCCCAGGCAUCCCAGAAGGACGUAUGUAAAUUUCCCGACCAUGAAAUGGUGUAUCCUACUCGAUCUGUCAUGUCAAAGCGGCCCAUUGAGGUGACCAUACAAAUGGAUUCCUUCUCGUCAGUGUGAUAGAUUACUAGUACGCAUGGAUUAUCGUCUGGCAGUUUCUUCGCGAUAUAGGACUUGCGAGCCUUACUGAAUCACCACACAGCUGAGCUGUAGGGGAGAGAGAAAUUCAGUCUAUCAUACCCGCAUU